AUGUUCUGCAUCAGGCACAUCGGGUCCAACUUCUUAAGGAGGUUUAAGGCUUCGUAUUUGCAUAAACUUGUGGUUAAUACAGGAUAUUCGAGGACGGAACAGGAGUACAACAAGAACUACCAAAGGCUUCAAGAGCGAGGUGAGGCAUACAUGCACUGGUGUGAUGAGAUCGGUGUUGAUAGAUGGGUGUUGGCAUUCGACGGGGGUCAUCGUUGGGGACAUAUGAUGACAAACUUGGUAGAGUGCAUAAAUUUUGUCCUAAAGGGUGCACGCAACCUUCCUGUGACUGCCAUUGUUAGAUCUACUUUCUAUCAGCUGAAUGAAUUGUUUACUCGAAAGAGCGCCGAGGCUCAUGAGCGUGUCCGCAAUGGAUUCACGUAUUCAGAAUUUGCCACCAAAAGAGUAGAAGAAAGUUUUCGACGUGCAGGAAGCAUUGUGGUCAAUCGGUUCGACAGGCGCAACGAGGUGUUUGAGGUUCGCGAAAUGCCAGAUGGUUCCAUUUACACUAUUAAUCUCGCACAACGACACUGCGACUGUGGCCAUUUCCAAGUCGAGCGACUUCCAUGUCGCCACGUCCUUGCAUGUUGCGCUAACCAGCGUCUUGAUUGGCAAGUAUAUGUGCAUGAUGUGUACAAGAUGUCCAAAAUUUGCAAGGUCUAUAGAGGCGAGUUUGUCCCGAUGGGUGACCCAUCUACGUGGGCUCCAUAUGAAGGAGCGAAGGUGAUCGCGAACUGGACAUUGAGGCGCACAAUCAAAGGAAGACCCAAAUCAACCCGCUACUUGAAUGAGAUGUAUUCGCGUGACAUGCGUGGUUCUCGCCGGUGUACUACAUGUGGUAAGGAGGGACAUAGCCGGAGCCGAUGUCCACAGCACGCAGGUCCAAGCUCUACCGGGGGUCAAUCGUGA